CCAGCGCCUGGUCACAUGACCACGUGCAGUGAGUCGCUGUGCCGUGCCUCGAGCCAGCGCUGAGUGGAGCCUGUCUGCCAACAGCUUCAGCAGCGGCUCUAUCUGGAUUCUACUUCACUCACUGACAAUUAAAGGAAGGCCCCCCUUUCUUCUCAUUUUCGAGGAUUAUUCGUCACCAUGGGCGACAAAAAGAGCCCUACCAGGCCAAAAAGACAAGCCAAACAGACGGCGGACGACGGCUACUGGGACUGUAGCGUGUGCACCUUCAAGAACACCGCCGAGGCUUUCAAAUGCAGCAUCUGCGAUGUGAGGAAGGGCACAUCCACAAGGAAACCCCGGAUAAACUCCCAGCUUGUCGCCCAGCAGGCAGCUCAGCAGUACACCAUGCCUCCCCCACCCAAGAAGGACCGGAGAGAGAGAAGCGAGCGCACGGACAAGGAGCGUCUACACAGCGAAGGAGAGCGGGCUGGUGGGGAAGGACGCCCCGAGGGAGAGCGCCCUGAGAGCGUUGCACCUGAGGGGGACCUCACCGAGAAGGACAAGAGCGAGAUAGAGCAGCCUGUCAAAGACAAACCUGACAGGGAGAAGGACAUCAUCCCAGCUGUCACAAAGAAGCCCAGCAGCAAAAAGACCAAACCCAAAUCGGACAACAAUCAGAGUCCUCCAAGUGACAAACAGAGCAUACAGUCUGGGAAAUCAGCAACAAAGUCCAACAAGAACUCUCACAUUUCCAGGCCCAAGCUGAAGAACAUUGAUCGGAGCACUGCCCAGCAGCUGGCCAUCACCGUAGGCAAUGUGACGGUGAUCAUAACGGACUUUAAGGAGAAGACCCGCUCCUCAUCCACGUCUUCAUCCACCAUCACGUCCAGCGCAGGCUCUGAACAGCAGCAUCAGAGCUCUGGCUCCGAAAGCAUGGACAAAGGCUCGUCGCGUGCCUCCACCCCCAAAGGGGACCUGUCUGUGGGGCACGAUGAGUCAUUCUGAGCGCCUGCUUCUCUUUUUUUUUUGUGUAUCCCCAUUGCCUCCCAGUGCUUCACUCCCCCUCUCCUCUUCGCCCAUACAUGUGGACACUAUGGAUCCCAUUGAAGGUGGGGGGUGAAGAGGAAGUUGUCAUCAUUUCCCAUUGCUGCUCUGCCCUCCAUUCCAUGAUUUCCCCCUGGAUGCUGAGCGGAGCCGGCUGGAUGAGAGACAGUGUGUGGCGCCUUUUAAGGGGAAACAAACUAACCUGUGUCGUCCUGGCCACAGGGAUUAACCUCCCUCCCCUCCUUCUGGUAGCAUCCAAAUACUUGUCUGUAUUGUUUUAUAUUUGUACGUGGGUGUGAGGCUAAGUCUUUGUUUUUUUUUUAGUUUGUUCUGUUUUUCUAAAGAAGAAAUCUCUGCUGGGCACAAUAACCACCACCAUUUGAAUAACUAUUAUUACCCUUAUUUAUUACCUGUUGCACCUAUAUGCUUUGAUAUUUUCUGAUUUUUACAUUCAGGCUUUUGCUGCGUAGCUCUGCUGGUUGAUCAGUGUUUUCACUACAUUAAAAAUGUUAGGAUUACACACACACAGGUGCUAGAUACACUGUGAAGUGAUUCUACAGAUCUGGGAGUCCCCAUUUUUUCCUCAAUGUGAGAAAGUGCUUAUGAAUCAAACUGUCCUCCACAUUUCUCAACAGCACUGUGGAAACCUCAGCAAUUUUUUUUAUUCUCUAACCGGCUUGACUCCCAUCUAGUAUGCUCUCGCAGAUUGUACAAUACCUUCUGUCUUCUCACUGUACAGUGUAGGCUGUUGUGUAAAACACUAAAAGCUGUUGAUAUUUUCUGCAUUCCAUGCUUCACACGUUGAGUUUGGUGGCUGAAGGUCAGAGUUUGGAGUGGCCACGCUUCCUGAUUUCUUUGGCUGAAGGAUGCAGUUCUUGGUGAAACCAAGUCACACUGUAAAAGCAGACCUUAUGGUGUCAAAAUUUAAUAAUUUUAAUUAUUUUUGUUGUGGUCCUGAAGACAAUGUUUGGAUCUUCAUCUUCUUCACACGGAAAGUGCAUGCUAGGAAAGUGAAAAAAAAAAUCUGAUUUGACAAUUCAAUUGACUUGUCUUUUUAUGUGUAAUAAUUUAAGACUCCUGUCACUGAAGGCAAAAAACAUGACAGUACUUAUUGGAAUGCAAAUAAAAUUUUAUUGCAACAAGGCUUAAUAUAAGGAUUUUAAAGAACUUUACACCUUAGCUGAGAAUAGACCAACAUAAUUUCGUUUAACCUGUAAGAAAUUGUAUAAAGAAUAAAUGUGUAUAUGAUAUCUUAGUUUUAUUUAUUGAAGGACCAAAGGAAUUUCAUAAUGACAUGAUACAUAGACAGAUGAAUAACAAUUUGAAAUGCAAUUAUCUAAUGUGUGAGAUGAAUAACAGUUUAAAUAAAGACUAAUAUAAUCCAUGUAAA